AUGCAUUUGGGGCAUGGGAUCGGAGCAAUCUUAGUGUCACCAGAAGGAGAUCAUUACCCGCUCACUGCCAGAUUGAACUUCUUCUGUACCAAUAAUAUAGCGGAAUAUGAAGCUUGCAUCAUGGGGCUUCGUGCAGCUAUCGAGAGGAAAAUCAAAAUCUUAAAAGUGCACGGGGACUCAGCAUUAGUCAUCUAUCAAAUCCGUGGAGAUUGGGAAGUGAGGGAUUCGAAAUUAGUCAAAUAUCGCGAUCUCGUUACAGAAUUGGUCAAAGAGUUCUAUGAAGUGACUUUUAACUACUUUCCACGGGAAGAGAACCAAUUGGCUGAUGCUCUGGCCACCUUGGCUUCAAUGUUCAAAACAAACAGAGAAAUUGAGUUAAUGCCUAUCCAAAUGAGUAUAUAUGAGACCCCCGCACACUGUUGUAGUAUUGAGGAUGAAUCAGAUGGACGACCAUGGUUCCAUGAUAUCUUGGAGAAAUUGACGGUUGGAUUUGUUCUUGACGGGGAUAUUCUAUACAAAAGAGGAAAAGAUCAAGUGCUCAUGAGGUGCGUGGACGCUGCUGAAGCCAGAAAGAUACUUGAGGAGGUUCAUGAAGAAAUUUUUGGAACGCAUGCCAGUGGUUUCACUAUGGCCAGGCAGAUUAUGAGACUUGGUUAUUACUGA